GGACGAAAUGAGUGGUAGUCCACAAAAAAAUGACCUAUCGCAGGUAGAAUCCCCUCUGUCAUUACAUCAUGCAAGGCAAAGGCAAGCUAAUGUCGGUCAUGCGCCCGCUCUUGCAGCACCGCGGAUCGACGAUAGAGCUUCGGCAGCCGCGGGGCAGUUCUCGCCACAAAGAUUCGACAAUAAUAUUUCGAAGGACUCUUCCGUGCCGAAUAGAUACUCGACGACGACUUCGCCUACAAAACCAGUAGUUUACGGAUCCGCCGCCUUCGCGAACCAGAACGGGAAUUAUGAUUCCUUGCAGGCGUCUUCAAUUGCGGAAAAUGAACUGUCUAUGAGUCUACGUGGCAUGGCCGUGGAGGAUGACUACGUUAAUGGUCAGGCAUCGCAAUAUAGGCAACAAGUGAUGGGCGCUCAGUAUAAUGGAGUACAAAGUGUCUCGCCCACUAUCCCCCAAGUUCGCGCUCCCUACCCUAUGCAACAAGGUCGUUCCCCUUAUGGCACUUAUGCUCAGCCAGAAUAUCCGACGUAUUACACUAACGGAACUGGGCGUGAUCCUUAUAUGGAGUAUAGCUAUGGUUAUGGUAAUGCUGCAGACCCUUCGGUUUAUGGUUCCACUACCGGCAUAACCAAUGGUUCAUCUCCGGGCAACUUGUACUCUAUGAGUGCGCAGACGUUGCACCCCAAUGCUGUCGCAGGCCAACAAACUGGUAUGUUCUACGAUUACUCGACGUCUGGUCGACCGCCAGCUUCGCAAUUCUAUUAUCCUGCGCCGCAAGCCAUGCUAUAUCCUACGCUAUCAUCGCAUUCGCCGAUACCAACUCCCCAGCUCAGCGCCGCUAUACCUGCCACUUUAU